GAAUGCUUCAAACAUUGUCAAUUAUUUUCUUGUAAAGUUACAAAAUGUCCUUUUGGCUAAGUUUGAUCUUUUGCUUUUUCACAUUUGCUUCCUCAUCUCCACCGGAUGAUCCUGUCAACUGUGAAUUCGGAAACACAAUGUGCACGGUGACGAACUCGUACGGCGCCUUUCCUGACCGCUCUAUAUGCAAAGCAGCAAAGGUGGAGUACCCAAGGACGGAGGCUGAGCUGGUCUCUAUAGUGGCUGCAGCCACUAGAGCCGGCCAAAAAAUGCGGGUCGUGACUAGGUACUCUCACAGCUUCCCCAAGCUGGUUUGUACUGAUGGUAAAGACGGGACUCUCAUAAGCACCAAGUUUCUAAACCAUGUGGUGACCACCAACCCGGAGGCCAAGACUUUGACGGUUGAGAGCGGCGUGACUCUAAGGCAACUGAUCGAAGAAGCAGCUAAGUUUGAUCUGGCUUUGCCAUACGCACCGUAUUGGUGGGGACUUACGGUUGGAGGAAUGAUGGGGACAGGUGCUCACGGAAGUUCUUUAUGGGGUAAAGGAAGUGCGGUUCAUGAUUACGUGACCGAGAUAAGAUUGGUGAGUCCCGGUUUGGCUUCUGAUGGGUAUGUAAAGGUUCAGGUUCUUAGCGAGACUAUAGAUCCGGAGGAAUUUCGCGCAGCCAAAGUUUCUCUAGGUGUUCUUGGUGUUAUCUCUCAAGUAACUUUCGAAUUGCAACCAAUGUUCAAAAGAUCGUUAAAUUAUGUUAUGAGAAACGAUUCGGAUUUCGGAGAUCAAGCAGUGAGUUUUGGCGAAAGACACGAGUUUGCGGAUUUCUUAUGGUUACCGAGCCAAGGAAAAGUGGUGUAUCGCAUGGAUGGCCGAGUUCCGCUUAAUACUUCGGGAGAUGGCUUGUUCGAAUUUUUCCCAUUCCGUUCACAACUCUCUUUAGUGUUAGCCAUAGAUAGAUCCUUAGAGGAGAGUGAAGAGUCACUUGAAGAUGCAAACAUGAAGUGUGUGAGGGCAAAGCUAGUAUCGUCGUCUAUGUUUUUAAUGUCAUACGGUGUGACUAAUAACGGCCUAAUAUUCACAGGCUAUCCGGUCAUCGGAAUGCAAAACCAUAUGAUGUCGUCAGGUUCAUGUCUAGACAGUCGUCAAGACGGACUAAUCACGGCUUGUCCAUGGGAUCCACGGAUAAAAGGCCAAUUCUUUCACCAAACAACAUUCAGUGUUUCUCUCACAAAUGUCAAAAGUUUCAUCAACGACAUCAAAGCACUUGUGAAGAUCGAACCGAAAUCUUUAUGCGUACUUGAAGGCAGCAACGGUAUUCUCAUCCGCUAUGUCACAUCCUCUCUAGCAUUUCUCGGAAAAGAAGAAAAAGCUUUAGAUUUUGACCUAACUUACUACAGAAGCAAAAAUGAUCCAUUGGCACCGCGUCUAUACGAGGAUUACAUUGAAGAAAUCGAGCAAAUGGCGAUAUUCAAAUACAAUGCGUUACCACAUUGGGGGAAGAAUAGGAACCUAGCGUUUGAUGGUGCCAUUAGAAAAUACAAGAACGCAAACGCGUUUUUAAAAGUAAAAGAGAAAUUUGAUUCUUUAGGAUUGUUUUCCACUGAAUGGACUGAUCAGAUUCUAGGUUUAAAAGGAAACGUGACGAUUGUGAAACAAGGAUGUGCAUUGGAGGGACUAUGUAUUUGUUCAGAGGAUUCUCAUUGUGCUCCUACCAAAGGUUAUUUAUGUAGACCAGGUAAAGUUUAUAGAGAAGCUAGAGUUUGUACUCGUGUAAGUUCCUAAAUCCUAAUCAAAGUUUUGGUCCUCAGUUCUGUUAUAUAUCAAAAACCUCAUUCCUCUCUCUGCUUUAAGAGAACAGAGCAG